AGGAAUCUGUUGUUAUGGUCAAUCAGCACAAGCAGCCAAAACGUUUCUUCUUGUGUUGUAUAAUGUAUGGUACAGGAUAGAUUUAGCUGAACAGUGAGGUUACAGGCUCUCAAAAUAGUGUAGGAGGAAGAAUGGAGUUUUUUACAAAAAGAAAAGCAACAAAGAUAUGUUCUUCUCUCUCAUCAAAGGAAAGCAGAUAAGAAACUUUUCGCUUUGUGAUUGUGGAAAAAUGUCUUCGGGUCACAACAGAUGUCUGAAAUGGCCUUGUGUUAGACUUACAAGUUUGUCCCCGUCGUCCUCAUUUAUGAUACUGACUGCGCUCGCCAUGCUUUUUCUCAAAGCAAAUGUGACAGCAGCAAUGAAAGUGACCUCCAGUGGGCCACAAACUAUUCAGAUGGCUCAAGGGGAUCCGGUUAAUCUAGACUGCACCUACACGUCAAGUCAAGCAGACAUAGGCGAGCUUGACAUUGAGUGGUCAGUUGUCAGCCCAGACACCACAAAAAAAGACCAGAUGAUCAUAUCAUACACAGGUGGAAGGAAAUACACCCAUGGUGACUCUGAUUUAAUGAAAGGAGUGGACUUCACAGCUACAGACCCUUCCCAGGGAGAUGCAUCUCUAUCGAUUGCCUCGCUGUCAGUCAGUCAUGCUGGAACGUAUCAGUGCAAAGUCAAAAAGGCACCUGGAGUUGACAGCUGGAAAAUAUCACUGAUUGUGAUGGUGAGGCCAUCUGUGCCAAAGUGUUGGGUUGAUGGUGGUGAAGCUGUGGGUGAACCAGCAUCUCUCCGCUGCAGGUCAGAUGAAGGCACCGCACCUCUGAUGUAUUCAUGGAGGAGAGAGAGUGGAGGGCCCAUUCCUCCAGAUGCCAUUCAGAACUCCGUCACAGGAGAACUUCUGAUCAGUAAUCACUCUGUAAGCCACUCCGGUGUCUAUUCCUGUGAAGUUUCCAGUGCUGUUGGGAAAGAGAGCUGUCGGCUUAACCUUCAAGCUAUGAAGCCUCCUAACAGAGCAGGGGUCAUCACAGGAACCGUUGUUGGAUGUUUACUGCUCAUCAUGAUCCUUCUGAUCAUUAUAUGGCUUCUAAUCUUCAAAUGUAACUGGAAUCAACAUGAGAAAGAGUUCUCCAAUGAGAUUAGAGAGGAUGCUCCUGCACCUGAGAGUCGCCCCACCAGCCGAAUCUCCAGCUUCCGCUCAGGUGUGGCCUACAGCCAGGUGGGCCAAACCCAAAAUGAGCAUCCGCCCUCCACUAACACCAGCUACAGCACUGCAAAAUAUGACAGCAGGUUUGGUUAUGCUGUAUGAGAGACUAGUCAUUCUUGUAUUAUAAAUUGUCAUUAGUUUAGUAAAAGAAUGACCUUUUAUUGGAUUUGAUCAUGUUGCAAGAUACAAAAUGGAAUCAAAAUGUUUUGCCUUGUAAUUGUGUAACAUUCAAUGUAAUUAUACAGUAUAGGUUUAAUAUGAGAGAAGGAUACAUUAAAUUGGAUGUGUAGACUGAUUUUUAUAUUAUAAAAUCUGUUUGUUUUGCUGUUGUUGUUUUUUUUUCUACUUUUACCCAAAAGAAAUGAAAUGCUUUUG